UCCGAAACCCUCUGGGACUAUUCAAUGCAACAUCUGCCAAGGGUGGCGACCCUUUUCACACCACCCCCCUGCGUUCAUAUAGCAUUUCUAAACGGGCUUUUCAGCAGUGCAAUGACACAGCGAAGAGAGUGAGCGAGCAGAGAUAUCGGUAAAGGCUUUUUUGGACAACCCCGCAGUGACACCCCCCACCAGGCGUUUUUUUUUCUUCUCGCCUGUGCGCGCGCAGGAGCAGCUGUCAUUGGCGCUGGUGCCCGCGCGCUGCAUUCAGCGAGACUAUCCUGUUUGAAGAUGCUGCAGCUCUUGGCCAUCUUGUGUCAGAGAGGAUGAGAGUGUGAAAAAAAAACCACCUACAAGGAGAGGAGCGUUUUUUUUCUUCUCAGCGUUGACAGGCGAAUACCACAGAGGCAAAAAUCACGUCUGCUAUCGCCGCUGUGUGUGUUGGAAAGACCUCGUACAAGCUGUGGAUUAUUCCUAGGACAUCACACUGAAACCAUGAGCUGGGGGACAGAGCUAUGGGAUCAGUUUGACAACUUGGAAAAGCAUACACAGUGGGGGAUCGAGUUUGUGGAAAAGUACACCAAAUUUGUCAAGGAGAGAUCAGAAAUUGAAACCAACUAUGCAAAACAGAUUAGGAAUCUAUCAAAGAAAUAUCAGCCCAAGAAGAACUCCAAAGAAGAAGAAGAGAGCAAGUACACCUUCUGUCGAGCCUUCCUAACAACACUGAACGAGUUAAAUGAUUAUGCAGGUCAACACGAGGUUAUUUCUGAGGACUUGACAUCUCAUAUCAUCACCGAACUUACGCGCUACCUACAAGAACUCAAGACUGAGAGAAAAUCGCACUUCCAUGAUGGGCGUAAGGCACAGCAGCACAUUGAAAGCUCGUGGAAACAGCUGGAAGCGAGUAAAAAACGGUUUGAGAGGGAGUGUAAAGAGGCAGAAAGAGCACAGCAGUACUUUGAGAAGAUGGAUGCUGACAUUAACGUGACUAAGGCUGACGUGGAAAAGGCACGGCAGCAAGCUCAGAUGAGGCACCAGAUGGCUAAUGACAGUAAGAGUGAAUACGCCGCCUACCUGCAGAAGUUCAACCAGGAACAGAAUGAACAUUACUAUACAGUUAUUCCCAACAUAUUCCAGAAACUUCAAGACAUGGAGGAGAAAAGAAUUGAGAGGAUAUCAGUGUGCAUGAAGAAAUUUGCAGACGUGGAUCGCCAGGUGCUGCCCAUUGUGGGAAAAUGUUUAGAUGGCAUGACAAAUGCUGCCGAGUCCAUUGAGCCCAAGGCUGACUCUAAGCAGGUGGUGGAGUCCUUCAAGUCCGGUUUCGAGCCCCCAGGAGAUGUAGAGUUUGAGGACUAUGGCCAGGCCAUGAAGAGGACAGUAUCUGAAACCAGCCUGUCCAACACCAAAGAGAGCAAAGAGAAGCCUGGUGGCAAGACCAAAGGCAAACUGUGGCCUUUCAUUAAGAACAAGAACAAGCUUAUGUCCCUGUUAACGUCCCCCCACCAGCCCCCACCUGCCCCCCCAGCCUCAUCCCCACCCUCACCCUCUGCUGUUCCCAACGACCCCCAGUCUCCCAAGCAGCACAAGGAGCCCCUCUCCCACCGCCUCAACGACUUCAUGGCCUCCAAACCCAAAAUGCACUGCCUCCGGAGCCUGAGGCGAGGGCUUUCUCUCAAGCUGAUCACACUCAAUUCCCACGUCCGGAAUCUCAUUGAGGGUUCUGUACCGGAGGACUUCAGUCACCUGCCGCCAGAGCAGAGGAGGAAGAAGUUGCAGGGCAAGAUCGAUGAGCUGAGUAAAGACAUACAAAAAGAAAUGGACCAGAGAGAUGCUCUGACCAAGAUGAAAGACGUGUAUAUAAAGAACCCUCAGAUGGGAGACCCGGCCAGUGUCGACCCCCGGCUAACAGAAAUAGGUCAAAACAUUGAGAAGCUCCAGUCUGAAGUACAGAAAUUUGAAGGCUGGUUAGCAGAGGUGGAGGAGAGAAUGCCGUCUAAGAGUGAUUCACAGCGGAAAAGCGGACUCUAUGAGACCCAGAAUAGCACAACAGUGAGCAACAACUGUGCACAGGACAGAGAGAGGCCCCUGAGCAGCCCGGAUGGCAGCUACACAGAGGAGCAGAAUUCAGAGGUUCAGGUCAAAGCCCAACCCAUCCCCACCCCAACCACCACAACGGAGUUCGAUGACGAGUUUGAUGAUGAGGAGGUCCUGCCUACCAUCGGCACCUGCAAAGCCUUGUAUCCCUUCGAAGGUCAUAACGAGGGCACCAUCUCCGUGGCUGAGGGCGAGCUGUUGUACGUCAUAGAAGAAGACAAAGGAGAUGGCUGGACACGCGUGCGGAGGAACGAGGAUGAGGAGGGAUACGUGCCCACAUCCUACGUUGAAGUGUUUUUGGAAACGAAUGCCAAAGGUGCUAUGACAUACAUUUAACUCAGCAAGUUCUUGCUAUGACAGUUUUUGUUACUCUGUAUUCCAUUCACGUGCUGAACGAGUGGGGCAAGUUACAGAGAUUAUAGAUGCUAGCUCAGACACACACACACAGACACUUCACGUCGCUCCACAAAGAAGGAGCAAUCGGAUUUGUCCAUUGUGCCUCAUAACAGUCUGAAAAGUUGUUUCUGGUAGCGUGAGCUGUGCCAAUCAGAUAUCAUGUCUAAGAAGUGUUUGAAGUGAAGCCUGUUGUUAUCUCAUCUCUUAUUCACAGCAGUGCCACCUAGUGAUCAUUGAAAAUAAAACAUGGCACACUGAAAGCUCAUGAUGGCGCAAAUCAGCACCUAACAGUGAUCACCUGUACAUUUGAGACAUUCAGUAUUUGAUUUUCUUUUAGGUUUUAAAAUGUUGAAUAACAAUAUUCCACUCAAAUAAAAACACUGUUAAUCGAGACUUUGAGCCAGAACUGUGGCCAAAGCUGAAUCUGUGUGGUGAUAAAUCAGCUGAGUGAAUGUAAGCACCAUGUGAAGAGGCAGUGACCAUCAACUCAAAGUUACAGUUUUAGAAGUUAUUGUGUUUUGGUCACUUGACGUACCUAAAAAGAAAGAAUGCUUAAUGUGCAAUCAAGCAAAUGUAAUUUAAAUCAGCUGUACAGUAUGAAGACAUAUCAAGAGAUAUUUUUGUAGGUUAAACUAGAUUAAAAAUCAUGCUGCUGCCUCUCAAGUGUCGCAUGCUCUAGAUAAAUUACAGUGUUGUUACAACAAGAACAAGUUAUUUUCCCCUGUAAGGGGCCAUUUUUUUAAAAUAUUGUCCAGUUUAAUAAAAUUAAUAGCCGCCUUAUAAUGUUUCCUUUUUCUAAAUUCACCUUUUGAUAAUGACAGUGUUGGGCUGUUCUGGUCCUUUUUUGCAGGCCAGUGGUAAAAGACUAAAGGACUGAGAAUUAGCUGAAGUAAACUAUAUAUGGUGAGGCUGAGCUGGGAUAUGGAGCUGGUCAUGACUCUAAAGCUUUGUGGUUUGUUUGCAUCGGUCUCUGAAGUGUUUACUCUAAGAGCAUGGUGUGUGUAGCCUCUGGGUCAUUUCACUGCUCUGUUACUCUUUUCCAAGAUCAGCACUCUCUCAAAAAUCAUACCAGAGCCUUUGUUUAACUCUCACUCUUUUAAAGACACAACUCACCUCAAAAUUGAAUUUACACAUUUUCCCUCUGGCCUCUAGUGCUAUUUUCUUACUGUGCAACUACAUCCACUAACUGUAAAAAGCAUGCAGCUAGCUAACAUUAGCAGAGGGGGGCACCAUUGAUGUUUACAUGCUGUCACUCUGCUAUGAACAAGAGACUGUUGUCAGUCUUUUCUGCCCAGUGAGACAGUUUAGGUAGAAAGAAAACAGGUUUUACAUAAAUCUGCUCGCACCAAAACAGUCUAGAUCAGGGAUGACAAAAGCAUUUCACACUGUGGGCCACAAAUAGCCGCCUACCAGUUCUACUCCCCUUUCUGUCAGUGUUAAAAAGUAAAAUUACACAUUUAAACUUUGAGAUAUCUUAAUAUAAUUUUUUAAAAUAAGGUGCAAUUUCAACAGGACAUCUCAUUUUUUUGUACAUGAUAAAGAAAAACUGCUGUAGUAAAUGACAGAAUGACUCUUUGGGCUUAAAUGGUAAGAAACAAAUUACAGAAAAAAAUUUAGCUGUAGCACAUUGACUACCCUGUAAUUAAUAGCAUUUUUCUUUAGUUCAUUCACAGAAAAUGUCCUUUUUUCCCUUACUUUGUACACAUUGUAAAAAAAACCCCUUCCUGUCAUUUCAUUUUUAUUCUAUAACCUAAUUACUUUAGUGUAGUGUGAAUAGUUAUAGGCUGGUUUUUAUCAUUAAAGAUAAAGCUGGAAAACUUAUAAAAAUAUCAUCUUUCAUGUUUUCCAAAGCUGUCCAGUGGACCUGAUUAGGAGUCGUUGCUAGGCCGAUUCUGGACCCGGGGUCUUAUGUUUGACAACACAGAUCUAAAAAUAGUACUACAGGCCAGAUUUCGUAUGAUUUGGGGAGUUGAAGGGUCCCUUGUAUCAGUUUUGAAGAUUUGUUAAAGCCAUAGCAUGGCCGUGUCUGCGAGGUGUAACUCUACAUCAGGUUUUACACAGAGUAAUUGUGAAAUUUGGUGUGUGCUGUGGCGUUUGUGGGAGUUUUAUCGUAACAGGAUUACAGCAUGUUGUGACAGUACAGCCACUGCAUUCUAACAUGCAUUCAAGCCCAGUGGUUUUUAGUUAAACAGAUGCAUGUUUGGGUUAAUUCAGGUCGUACAACACACGUCUUUCUUGGAGAUACAGUAGUAGAACCAAUUUAAUAUAGUCUCAUAUUUAAUGCAAUGACCUCCUCUCCAUAUCUGAAUAUAUGGGUUGGUCUUCACUUCUUUUUAAAGCUAACUCUUCUUUUUGUUAUUUUUUGUUGUUUGUAUUUUCCUUUUUGAAUUACAGAUUCCUAAAAGUGUGAGGCUGGCUGAGGAAUGGCAGGGCAAGCAGCCUCGGAGAAACCACCACGUUCCUCACAUGCUCACAGAGUCAGAGAGAAAGAUGACCUGAGUCUAAAAGAAAGAGAGAGAGACGGCCGAUUAGAACGCAUCUGAAUUUUCCAAACAAACAAACAAAAAGAAAAAGUUUAGAUAGAACGCAUCGAAAAUUUAGUGCUCAUAACUUCUCCAUUUUUAACCCCCAUUCAGCAGUCACAGCCGCAGUACACAAACGGCUUUAUGUUGUUGUCAGCAACGCUUUGCUUCUUAAUGUAACUAACUGCUCGCACCAUGUGCGGUCAUGACUGAGGCUGCUGGCUUCCCUGGCUCUGCCACUUCUCUUUUUUCCUUCCCUUUGCCCUGUGACACACAAACACACACACAUACAUGAAGGAGGGUGUGGUCAGAGACAGGACGGAGACCGACAGGAGCGGACGGACAAAAGAACCAGGUGGAUGAAACGCUCAUUCGCUCACUGACUCGAGACAGAAUCAUCCCAGGUUCAUCUGACGCCGCAAGAUGCUCAUAUUCACGCCUUCCACUUAAAUCAGCUCUAUAUUUGCAGGUUUCACUUAACUGGACUGAGAAGAACUGAAGGUGCUAAUCAUCUGUCUUUGUGUCCUGUGCUUCUCAUGUACGUUCGUUUGAUCUCAGUGGUUGUUGGUCUUUUGUGUCACAGUGUCCACUUUCCUCCUCACCAAGAUCACUUCCACAUAUCCAGGACCAGCUGAAGGGGCAGAACUCUAGAUGAUGGUGUCAUCCACCAUCCAUCUCAUCCAGCCAUUUCUUGUUCUGUCACUGGUGCCUGUUCCUCUCUCUGACCACACCCCACCCCCUUCCUCACCUCCACAGCCCUUCCCCCCUCCCUCAGGCUAUGGCGGCUCAGGCUAGCUCCCUUGGCUGCUUUAAGCCUUUUUUUCUUGUUUUUUUUUGUUUUUCUUUUGCAACAGCUCGGGGGGCGGGGGUCCCUCAGCGUUGUGGUGUGCUGCAUGCUUGCCCUGUCUUCCUCCUCGCCCCUGUGCUGGCGGGUUGGAGGAGGCGGUGGGGGUGUUAAGCCUGCUUACGCCCCUUCCCUCCAGCCUUUUAAAUUCAGUUAACCCUCAUUGCCUAGUCAUACUGUUCGAAUUAACCUGAAUGCUACUGUUUGGGUUUGGUGCCUGUGGGUCUUUUUUUUUUUUAAAUUACGUACAUGUUUUUUCAGUCAUUGGUUCAGAAAGCAUGUUUCCCUGUUUUUAACAGAGAGUAAGUGAUCUCAAAUUUGUGUAGUUUAAUCACAAAAAAGGAUGAUAGGGACCCGAACUGUCAUUUUGUUUCGUUUUUUUUCUUUUCUUUUUUCCUGAAUGAUCUCAUGCAUAGAUAGAUCAUGGUUGUUUUGUUUUUUUGUAAGUACAGUACGUAUGAAAAGUGUUAGUUUGCUAUGUUUUGAUCAGAGUGUCUAAUGCAAGUUGUUAGUUUAAAGUUAAUCACCUUGUGGAAGUGGCUCCACUUGGUCCAAGCAGCACCCAAAAACGAAACCUAUGAAGAUAUGAGUUACACCCGAUGUUUGUAACAAGCUCCACCUACUGUCUACUGUAUAUGAAAAUAUACUGUGAUCGUUUUCCUGUGAGUUUUUGACUGAAAUGUGACAACACGCCGAUCACCACCCGUUUUGAGCCUUAACCAGGUUUCACUGAGAGGAGGAACGAUGCUGACGUUAGCUGUGGUAUGGUGAGGAGAUGUAGAUGUGAUUAUCUCGAGGGGGCAAAUUUCUAAUCAUGAAACUGUCAGGGUAGAGAAAUGAUGUCCACUGAUUCCCCCUGCUCAAUGGCACAUAAUGCACGUGAUUUUUAACAUUUUUGUUUUAUAUAUGACGAGUGAAGAUUCUCUCUUUUUCUUCCUUUUUUUCUCUUCUUUUUUUAAAGCUGGAAUGAUAUGUUGUUGCUUAUUCUACCUGAAUGGGACUAAAAUCCCUUAACUGCAAACAUGAGUAACCGUUACAUUGUUUUUAUGUUUUGGAUGAAGCCAUCGUACAUUUGUCUAAUGCAGAAUUUUAUGAACACUCCCCGUGUGGAGGAAUGACGGACGUACUGAUCAUUUGGACUGCCGAUGUAAGGAAUGAUCAAAUCCCUGCUGAAUCAAAUACCACGUUUGCUUUCGCCCCUCUCAUCGCUUCACACAUCACGGUGAUCAAACAGUGUCUGGCAAAUGAUAUGAUUAAAUCCGAUGAGGCAGCAGUAGCUUUAGAGCAGGCUUUUUCCUGCCACUGCUCUGACACGAGACCACCACAAACGUUUUCUGUCGAUGCCCCAGAAUAACCCGCGUGUACAGUGGAAAUGACGUGAUGGAAUUAGAGAAAAUAUAUAUGAGUAUAUAAAUAAAGUCUAAAAAGGAAAACAUCUAUUUUAACUAUGGAGAGUCUUACCAUUACUUUAUCUGCUUUGCAAAGUAAGACUUCUUUUCCUUUGUAAGGUCUACCAGAUGGUGUGUUUUUGCACUUUUUCGUUUGUGUUCCAUUCGGUAGGCCAUGCUUGUGUUUUGGAGCACUGAAUACUUUGUAUUGUGUUUACUGUGCCAAUUAAAUAUGCCUGGAGAGUAAAUGGUG